GAAGACCGCAAGAAUGAAGUGAACAAAACCAAGGCAGUGUAUGCAUUCGAAGUGACCAACACCCAGGGCAAGAAGCAUUAUUUUGUUAUUGAUUUGAAGCAUCCUGGAACAAGUGCCACAGAUAUUGUUCUUUCUGGGACUGCUGCUGAUAACAAAAAGACAGCUGGUGUCACCUUGAUCCUCAAAGAUUCUGACUUUGUCGACCUGGCUUCAGGAAAGCUCACAGGGCAGGGUGCCUUCAUGUCGGGCAAGCUUAAGUCCAAGGGCAACGUGAUGCUGGCGCUCAAGCUGGAGUCUGUUCUCAAGGCCGCCAAGGGACCUGCGCCAAGCUCUAGAAAAUCAAUAGCUUACCAUAUCCCUUUAAUUCCAAUCUCAAAGCCAACUGCAAUAAUAAUAAUAAUAACCGCACAGUAG